AACUAUUUGUUUUGCACUAGAAACGGAAAAGGAGAGAACUGUUUAGAACAUAUCCGGUUGAAAGUGUAGAAGAAUGUAGUCGAGAUUAAUUUUGUGGUGUAAAAUGGAGAAGAAAAAAAACCCGCGAAAAUGAGAUAUACGUAUCUUAUAUUAAUUUAACGCUGUUGAUUUUUUUUUUGUCUGUAAAUUGUGUGCAUUUCAAAAGGAACUGUUUUGCAGGACAGUUUUAAAACUUUUCUACUUGCCUCCCCAUUGUAGGUAGAUGAAAUCAUGGCCAAAGCAGACCGUUCUCGAAGGGAGAUCCCCAUAGUACUGGUGUGCCUUGGGGCUCUGUUAUGUGGGAACAUUCUGUUCUACCUGUAUGUGGAUUCUUUGUAUCAAAGAAGUCACCAGCAGGAACACUUUCACCACAUGUGCCCUCAUGGUCACUUCAAAAUGGGAGCCAUGAAGAACUGCUCCCCCUGGCUGCAGUGUGACGCUGUAAGAAAGGAAGUUAGGAAACUGAAGGGGAUUGGUCAAGGGGCUGUCAAGCAGGUCUUUCUUUCCGAGUGGAAGGGCCACAAGGUUGCUCUUUCUAAGCUUACUGGUCAUGAUUUCCAGGAGGACUUUCUGCAUGGACUGGAGAUGAUUAAAGCUCUGCAGAGCAAAUACGUAGUCACCCUUGUAGGAUUCUGUGUGGAAGAUAACACAGUUGUUACAGAGUACCAACCACUGGGCUCACUAAUGAAUCUCAAUGCAGUGUUAAACCUUGUGAAGUACCAAAGCCUAAACACUUGGCAUAACCGAUUCCGACUGGCCAUGGAGUAUGUGGCCAUCGUGAACUUUCUCCACAGCAGCCCAAUGGGCACUCGUGUAAUGUGUGACUCAAAUGACCUUGGCAAGACCUUGUCUCAGUAUUUGUUAACCAGCGACUUCCACCUUGUGGCAAAUGACUUGGACGCCCUCCCUCUAGUUGACAGAAACGCCAACUUGCUAAUAAAAUGUGGCCAUCGGGAACUGCUGGGAGAAUUUGUGGCACCUGAGCAGCUGUGGCCUCAUGCUAAGGAAAUGCCGUUUACAGACACACUGAUGCCUGCCUACGAUGAGAAAACAGACACAUGGAAAAUCCCUAGUGUGGUUGACUUCCUCCUGGGGCAAGUAGAAGGGAGCGAUGUUGUCCGCUUUCACCUGUUCGACAUUCACAGAGAAUGUAAAAAGAAAAAUUCAGUGGAAAGGCCUUCGGUUCAGACUGUUUUAAAUGUGUACAAAACUGUAUAUGCAACCUUGAUAAAAGAGAAUACUACACCUGGCACAAGAGACAUGUUGUGAUCGCAUUGUCAUUUUAUGAAAAUAUAAAAACAAACAUUGCAUUCUAAAAAAAAUGAUUCAGAGUCCUGUGUAUCUGAGCCUCUGAUUUUGCAAUUGAAAUUCAUGGCAGUGCAGCUGGGAUAGGCUUAUCAAGCAAGGGGAACUCGAAAUGCUUAAGGUGUAUUAAAUAAGGUCCUAUAUUAUUGUUCAGCAUAUUAUCAUAGAAAAUAUCACAAAUAAUAACAAUUAAGAUUUUACAUUUUUAUCAACCUGUUACAAAAUCAGUAUUGAGAAAAUAUUAAAAAUUGGUCAAAACUCAAAUAUUGGACAUUUUCAAUCACAUUCCAAUAAACUAAUUGAUUAUAUUUAACAUGUUUGCUAAGGAGUAGACAUUUUUCACCGAUAAAAUGUGUUUAAUGUGUUUAAAACACAGACACACAGUAAUAAAAUAAAAUGGCUGGACUAUAUAUUCACAGUGGAUCCCACCCACAGUAGUUUUGUACAAAUCAAGAAAUUAUAGUUUUACUGGCCAUUAUUGUUUUGUUUUUUUGCUACUGUUUGUAACAUUUCUCAAUAUUCCUCCACAUGUAAACCUCCAUUUUUUUCAAACUUCUUAUACUUCGUAGUAAGAUGUACAGAAGAUGACUAAUGUCCUGACUAAUAUGAUUGUUUUUGUGAUUAAAUGUGCAAGUGAAUGUGGAAGUAGUGAGAAUGGUGCAAGAGGAGGGCAGGGGGAUUACAAGGAUAUGUUAAUGUAAUACAGGGGGAAAAAUGUGAGGUGAAAAGAAGAUUGCAUGUUUAUUACUGUUCCAUUAUGAAUGAUUAAAUGACAGCAGGUAAACCAAUAUGGACAAGCUCUCACAAAUGUUUACAUACAAUGAGAUGUAGAUUUAAAUAGCAGCAAUGCAAAAACAUCAGAUGCUUCUAAAUUCAUAUUCCCGAUGUUCAGGUUGGUAGGUGCUUUGAUCUAUUGCAGCAUGACCAGUUCUUCUGAUGAGGUUGGGUAAAUGGCGAUAGUGUUAAUAAAGUCUGCCUUUGUGGCACCCAUCUGGACUGAAACAGCAAAACCUUGGACCAUUUCAUCGCAUCCCAGUCCCUGCAUAUGUAAGCCUACCACCUGCAACAGAAAUGUAAAACUGUUCAUGUUAAAAUAACUUUUGACUACAGCAUAUGCAGGGAUGCAAAACAUACUCAUUCUGAAUGCCAUGUUUUGACACAAUUCUGAAAUGAUAGAUUUCUUUACAGUGUUAAUGAGUGACGCGUCAGUUCUUUACUGACAGAUAAUAACCAGAAUGCAAACACACCCUUUGAUUUCAUUCUCUGACAGCAAAGGACCUUCACGUUGGUCAGUAACACUAUUAGAAAUAAAUGAUAAAUUUCAGUAUGCGUCGAUGUAAUGUUGUAAGGGUAGAAACCUGGUGUAAGAAGUGCCUUCCCGCAGAUGUCUCCAACUGCAUAAAUGCCUUUCCUGCGAGUUCUGGAUCUCAUCCACUACAAUGUGGCCCUUUUCAUCCUGCUUCAGACCCUGAUGUUGAAAUUGGUUAAAAGUUGGAGGUCACACACACCACAGAUCACAUCACCUUUUAUGCUAAAACUGAUGUCUCAGUCUGCUUUUCUUACACCAUUGAUACAAUAUCAGUGCACAGGAGUAAAUACUUCAAUUGCCAUUCCCAUUACCAGCUCUUUUCUCUUUUUGAUUGUAUCAUUCCAAAAGGUCAUGCCUUUCAGUUAUAUUGGUAUAUUCUACUGUAUUAGGAUGUUUUAUUAAACUCCUUCUGAUACUCAAACUAGACACUGGGAAAGAUUCAAGCUAAACUUUGAAAACCCUAUAUUUUAAAAACAUGCUGUCUGUAAAUCUGCAGUUCACAUUCAAAACUAGCGUUUUACAAAAAAUAUAUGAUUUCUCAAUGUGAGCAUCAGAAAAUAUACACCAACUACGUCUGGUUUCAAUGGUUGUGUAUAAACAUUCUACAUGUAACAAUAAAACAGUUUGUAAACAG